UACUUGAAUCUCUGCUAUGAUAAUAUAGUUAUAGUGAAAACAAGAAUGAAUUUAACUAAGCAAAGUGAUAGUCCUAAACUGAAUCUUACAAGCUUGAGUGUACUAUUCCUUUGGGAACAGCAGGCCUGGUGAUUUGUGUGAGUGUUCACUGGAUAAGGGGCUGGAUGCUGCAGAGAAUGCUCUGAGUAUUCAGGGGUUGGUGUGUGCCUAUCACUACCUGUACAGAGAGAGCAAGGCCUGGAAAGUAGUGUUUUGCUGCUAAAGGCUGGUGGUUUCAGGGCACAGAUCCACAACAGGCGCAGACAAAACUAUUUUGUGCUAAGGGCAGGCAGUGGUGAGGUGCCUCACAACCCUGGGUACCAUCACAGGAGAGCAUAUGGGCGGAUCUGCAAAGGCUGGCAUUUCUAAAUGCAGAUGACCCCUGGAUUCUUUUUGUUUACAUUAAAAGUUAAUAUAAGUUACUCUUCCCUUGCAAAUAUUUAAGAGGCUUAAUAUUUAACUUAGUUAACAUUUGCUAUUAUCAGGGUUUUCAAGUGCUGUGUGUUGCCAUGUGUCACAGACUCACAGGUCAUGCCCACUCUUGGCCCCGUACAGUCCCUGAAGGGAACCCCCUUCAGUGUGACAGCUUUUUUCAGGGGUCCACUCGCACUUGGGGGUUAAGCCCCUCCACCUCUUGGAACCACACCUCUCUGAGCCUUUGGCACACCUGUCUCUUGCCAUGGGCCCCUUCAGGGAGUCCACUUGCUCUGGAACCCCGGGGCCACCACUCUCAGAGGGAAUAAUGCAACCCUGUUCUCUAGACCGGAGCAACUCUCAUCCAGCGUAAACCAGGAAGGUUUACUGAGCGUGUGAACACAGAAUAGGAAACUCUUAGGGCCCUCAGGCCUGGCCUCCCUCAGCAUAGUACAUCUAAAUCUCUCCUGCAUCCUUCUCUCCCUCUCCAGUCCAGAGACCUCCUGCUUUCCAAUGGGGCAUCCGAUAUCACCUGCCCCCAAGCACCGCCUCUGUCCUUUGUCUUCUGUCCAGGUAAACAAGGUCACCUGGGCCUCCUCUCCUCUCAGCCAUCCUUUGUUCCCCACUGGCUGAAACCAGCUGGUCAGGUCACUGGGGUCUUCUCUCCGCAGCCCAUUGUCCUCCCAUUGGCCAGAACUGGCUGUGUCAGCCAAGCUGGGCCUCCUGGUCACUAGGUCACCAGUCACUGGGGUAUCCAUUUUCCUGGCCAUUGGCUGGGGUCCCAAGUUCCAUCGCUAGGCCUCUGUAACAAUGAACUCCCUCUCCCAUCACCUCAUUGAACCAGUAAAACCCAGGGAAACCGAGUCCCACCCCCUCUGCAUGCAAACCACUGAAAAAAACCAAGAAAAUCCCCACUUCGUUACACCUUGUCUUGUAGGAGACUUAAAGAAAAGAUUCUAAAAGUCAUAGUUUUGAUCUAUUAAGACAUUUGUAACAGUCACUGGACUCUGUAAUCAGUCUUCUCAUGGGAACAAAAUGCUUACAUAUUAUUCAUUUCACAAUAACACCUUGAAGCACAAAACAUAGCCAGUAGUUAUUGACUCUGGUGGGAAUAAUGAGGUUUAAACAGGCUGGCCUUUUGGUACUUACUAAAGGAACUAUCCUUUAUUCAUACCCACUGUUCCUUGUCUCAGAUAGGUGUUUAAAUAGAGGCUGGUACAUUGCCUCCUUAUUUUGUCUGAGCUGUCCUUUGUAUGGUAGAUUGAUUCUGGCUCUGGGAUGAUUUUCCAGUGAUAACCUGGGGCUCAAAGCCAAGCUGAGGACUAGGUUAAUCAUUACUGUUUCUGGCUGCUGUGUGGUGUCUUUUUGCUAUUAAAAAUUAUACACACAAUGAGAUGCAUGACAUUUUGUGUAAACUAUGAUACUCCCUCUUUUCCUCGCCUGCUCAUAUUGUAGAUUUGCUUACUGGGCAUCUAAAAAGUUCUUAAGUGUGUGUUGUGCCCGUGUUCUGGUUCUAGGUUAGCAAGGGAUUAGAGGCUGAAGGGGCCAACUGGAACCUGUGACCAUCUUGUCUGAUCUCUUGUAUAACACAGGCUAUAGAACUUCCCCCAAAAUAGUGCCCAGAGCAGAUCUGUUAGAAAAACAUCCUGGGCAUGGCAGGGACCGUCGCCCCUUAGUGACUCUAAGGGGAAGAGGGGGUAAACGGAGGGCCUGCCUGGCUCCGGGGGGUUGGUAGAAGAUGCAGCCGUUCAGUGCUGGGGGCCGGUUCCACUCCAGUGCAGGCUGCUUUCUACGCAGCGACAGACUAGGCCAGAGGGGCACAUCCCAACCAGCCCUUGGUGGGCAGCCACAAAGGGGUGCACAGGCCAUGGAGAUGGGUGGUGCCCCUACCCCACCCCACCCCACCUCUAUGGCGGUGCUACUCCCAGGGUGCUGUGAGCAGCAGGGUGGAGGGGCCCUGGGAGCCACGCUGGCACUGCUCCUGCCCAGGCUGCUGCCAGUGGAUGAACAUCUCCGUGACCCCACCCGGCCUCACACGUCUAACCCCACAGCAGGCCCCUCCCUAGCAGGGGAACGCGCCAAAACCCCUCUGGGGGGAAGAGGCGGGGGCGUGUCUCCCGGGCCACGGGUCCCAUUUGCUGGGCGUGUUCGGGCUGGCCGCCCCGGGGAGGGGGGGUAACGGUCACUUAGCCUGCCCGCUCCCGUGCAGUCCGCUCAGCUGUCGGCCACCGCUGCCUCCCUCGUCCUCGGAGCCGCCAUGGCGGGGAGUCUAGAUUCGCUGGAGAAAUGCCUGGAGCGGCACCUCCCGCCCGAGGAGCUCGGCGAAGUGAAGCGGAUCCUCUACGGCAGCCUGAGCAGAAAACUGGCCUUGCCGGCUGCGGCUCUGUCGGCUGCGAGCCAGAGGGCGUUUGAGCUGCAGGGCUGUGGAUUUGGAGCUGCGCCCGAGCAGCUGAGGCAGCCCCGUGUGGUUCGAGUGGGGCUGGUUCAGAAUCAAAUCCCCCUGCCCACAGACACACCCGUGGCGGAACAGGUGGCUGCACUGCACAGGCGAAUAGAGGAGAUCGUGGAGGUGGCUGCAAUGUGUGGGGUCAAUGUGAUCUGCUUUCAAGAGGCUUGGACUAUGCCCUUUGCAUUCUGUACAAGAGAGAAGCUUCCAUGGACUGAAUUUGCUGAGUCAGCAGAGGAUGGUCUCACAACAAGGUUCUGUCAGAAGCUGGCAAAGAAGCACAAUAUGGUUGUGGUGUCUCCAAUUCUGGAGAGAGAUGAUGUACAUGGAGGAACUUUGUGGAACACUGCAGUGGUGAUUUCAAACUCUGGAUCUGUCCUUGGGAAGAGCAGGAAAAAUCACAUUCCAAGGAUUGGAGAUUUCAAUGAGUCUACUUACUAUAUGGAGGGCAACACAGGGCACCCUGUGUUCCAGACUCAGUUUGGAAGGAUUGCUGUGAAUAUCUGUUUUGGGCGCCAUCACCCCCUGAACUGGCUCAUGUACAGUCUAAAUGGAGCAGAGAUUAUCUUUAACCCUUCAGCUACUACUGGAGAACUCAGCGAGUCACUGUGGCCAAUUGAAGCAAGAAAUGCAGCUAUUGCUAACCACUGUUUUACAUGUGCCAUAAACCGAGUUGGAACGGAAUACUACGUGAAUGCAUUUACAUCUGGAGAUGGUGGGAAAGCCCACCAUGACUUGGGAUAUUUUUAUGGCUCGAGUUAUGUGGCUGCGCCGGAUGGCAGUCGGACACCUGGACUGUCUCGCACACAGGAUGGGCUUUUGGUGGCUGAAGUGGAUCUAAACCUUUGCAGGCAAGUCAGUGACAAAUGGAAUUUUAAGAUGACUGGUAGAUACGAGAUGUAUGCAGAGGAACUCAUGAAGGCUGUCCAGCUUAACUUUGCACCCAAUAUUAUUAAAGAGUAGCUGUGGCGGUGUCCUCUGGUAGGAGAGCUCUCACACCAAGUGGGAUAAAAAUGUCAACACUUAAAGGCUUUGUCUGAGACCUUCUGACACAUGUAGUCUCCUUUUCUUUGGAUGCUGAAUCAGUCAUAUGGUUCAGAAGAGUAUCAGGAAUACAAGCAUUGACUCUUGGUACUUCCCAAAAGGAAGUGCUAGAUAAGGAACUGACUGUAUUUCCCCUCACUUCACGAUAACUUUACAUUGUCACAAGUAGCUGAAUGCCUGUGCUGUCACACAGGUGUAAUUUGUUAAGUCAUGUUUAUGAAAAAGCCAAAAAUUGCUCUAAAUAAAAACUGCCAUCAGCUA